AUGUCAAAUAAAUUCCAUUGCGAUGUAUGUUCAUCUGACUGUACUAAUCGUGUAAGAAUAUCAUGUGCGAUAUGUCCCGAAUAUGAUCUAUGUGUUCCAUGCUUUUCUCAAGGUUUAUAUAAUGGUAAUCAUAGACCUUAUCAUGAUUAUAGAAUUAUUGAGACCAAUUCAUACCCUAUACUGAGUGAAGAUUGGGGUGCAGAUGAAGAAUUAUCUUUAAUUAAAGGUGCUCAAACUUUAGGUUUGGGGAAUUGGCAAGAUAUAGCCGAACACAUAGGUAGUAGGACUAAAGAAGAAGUGGCUGAACAUUAUCAACAAUAUUAUCUUAAUAGUCAAUAUUAUCCAAUUCCGGAUAUUACAAAGACUAUUCAUGUUCCACAGGAUGAAUUUUUAGAUGCAAGAAAGAGAAGGAUAGAAGCAUUUAGAGAUAAACCAUUGGAAGCCCCAAGGAAACCUUUGGCUUCUGUACCCAGCUGUCAUGAAGUUCAAGGGUUUAUGCCCGGAAGAUUAGAGUUUGAAACAGAAUUCGAGAAUGAAGCUGAAGGCCCAGUAAAGGAUAUGGUCUUUGAACCAGAUGAUCAACCAUUAGACAUUGAAUUAAAAUUUGCUAUCUUAGAUAUCUAUAAUUCGAGACUAACCACUAGAACGGAAAAGAAAAGAUUAUUAUUCGAAAAUAACUUAAUGGAAUAUAGAAAAUUGCAAAGUACAGAUAAAAGGAGAAGUAAAGAAGUUAAGGAUCUAUAUAAUAAAAUCAAACCAUACGCAACCUUGAUGUCUGCACAAGAUUUCAAAGACUUCAGUAAAGAUAUAUUGGAGGAGAUGCGUUGUAGAUCUAGAAUACACCAGUUACAAGAAUGGAGAAGAAAUGGUAUAACUACCAUGGAGGCCGGUUUAAAAUAUGAAAGAGAUAAACAGGCUCGCAUUGCUACACUCGAGAAGAUUGGUAAUGGCGACUUAAAUGGUAAUACAGGCCCCAUUAGUACAAGACAUGGAAGAGCCACUCCAUCUCUUGCAACUCCUGGAAGUGCUUCGCCAAUAACGAAUAAUAAUAACAGUAACAAUAGCGAUAAUCAGACAAAUCCUAAUCGUAAAAAGACUCUCACAAUCAGUGAUAUACAACACGGUAGUGACUUUGGGUUAUUAUCUAAUGAGGAACAGCAAUUGUGUUUACAAUUAAAGAUUUUACCUAAACCAUAUCUGGCAAUCAAAGAAAUGAUCUUUAGAGAAUUAUUACGCACAGGUGGUAAUCUGAAAAAGAAAACAUGCCGAGAAUUGCUCAAUAUUGAUCCUGUCAAAGGGAAUAAGAUCUAUGAUUUCUUCCAAACUCAGAAUUGGAUGUAA